AUGGAGGAAUCAGAAGCCAGGAAGAAAGGGUUAAAGAAUCAUCGUAGAAGCAAGAAAGCGUUGAUGACCCGUAGUUUGAACAUGCUGAGUACGCAGCUAAAAGAAGAUGAUGCAGACCUCGAGAUUGUAACAGAACUGUUAGCGAAAUCUGAGGAAGCGUUCAGUGAGGUAGAGAAGGCACACCAGCAAUUAGGUGAGCUCCUCGACGAUGACGAGUUUGAAAUUGAAGAACAGUGGAUGGAGUCUUCGCAGGAAGCCUUCUGGAAGGUAAAGAAUUUGGCGAAGAAGUUCAUCACCAAGAAUAAGCCUGUAAAAGAAACUACUCAGGUAUCUAAUGUAACUACUACUAGUAGUGAUAGUCUAAAUAGCCUAGAUGAGUUGAAGUUAGCUCUUGAGUUACCUAAGGCAGAGGUCUUAGAAUUUAACGGAAAUCCGGUCAAUUAUUGGACAUUUGUAAAUAACUUUAAGACUAAUGUAGCUUCGAAAUUAUCAAAUGAUAACACUAAACUGCAAUAUCUCCUUCAGCUAUGCAAGGAUAAGGCUCGUACUUGUAUAGAGAGCUGCCCAUUAAUGGAGUCAGGAGGUUAUGAUAAGGCCCUUGAGAUUUUAAGAAAACAAUUUGGCCAACCUCACAUUAUCUUAAGCGCAUUGAUGUCUGACAUGUUAAAUCGUAAAAAAAUAAACAUAGGAGAUGGUGGCGCUCUUUGGUCAUUAGUAAGUGUAAUGAAAAAAUGUCACGUCACUUUAACACAGAUGGGAUACACUAGCGACCUAAACAGUACAAGUAAUCUGUUAAAGGUGCAGUCAUUAUUGCCUACUGUCUUACAAAAUAAGUGGGCAAAUGUUGCUCACACCAUAUUAGAUGAUAGAGAACCAACAUUUUUAGACAUGUUGACCUUUAUAGAGAAGCAGGCUGAGGUAUCGUGCAAUAUGUUUGGCCGAAGUGUUGGCAAGCCUGCUAGUGUGAGUAAUGUAUUUAGAGAGUCUGAAAGGCCAAAGAUUAGAACGAAUGUAGUUAAGACUACUAAGGGCCUUUCAUGUUUUUCAUGCGGUGAAGAUCACCGAAUCUACUCAUGUAAAAAUUUCUAUGAUAUGUGUUAUGAUGAUAAACUUAAAACUGUAAAAUCAAAGAGAUUAUGUUUCAGAUGUUUGAUGCCAGGUCAUAUGGUAUCAAAAUGCCGUAGAGAAGUUGAAUGCAGAUCAUGUAACUCCAACAAACAUCAUGAAUUAUUGCAUCCACCAACUACAAAACCAGACCAUGUUAAGUCCUGUGCAGCUGUCAGUGGCAGAAACGUGUACUUAAUGACUGUUCCAGUUGAGGUAACAUCGAGUGAUGGGAAUACAGUAAGAACUUUGGCCUUGUUAGACAACGGCUCCGAUGCAAGCUUAUGUUCCGAAUCCUUGCGGAAGAAAUUGGGAGCAUCUGGAAAAAGAGUGCGGUACACAGCGACAACUGUAAAUGGUGACGAGGACAAAGUUGGCAUCUCCUUUGAUGUAAAGGUUAGUGGUGUACGCGAGGAAAGUGAAUUGUCUUUAAAGGUUUUAACAGUAAAGAAGGUACCGGCCGACAAAGAUUCUAUUCCUAGACCAGAAGAUCUACUGUAUGUUCCUGGGACCAUCUCAAGAACCUACCAAUACAUAUCUCCACUGAUUUAG